AUGUGAAGAAUGAAGACAGGCAGCGUUAACAGCAGCAGCAUCAUGGACAUGUUUGAACAGGGGAAAGUGCUGAAGGUCUGCGCCCCUAUGGUCCGAUAUUCAAAGUUGGCGUUCAGGUCUUUAGUCAGGAAGUACAACUGUGACAUCUGCUUCACCCCAAUGAUAGUUGCAACUGACUUUUUACGAUCUGUCAAAGCCAGAGACAGUGAGUUUACCACCAAUGAACGUGAUCGGCCCCUCAUAGUGCAGUUUGCUGCCCAUGAUGCUCAGACCCUGGCUGAUGCGGCUUGCGUGGUGGCACCUUUCUCAGAUGGAGUUGACCUCAACUGUGGCUGUCCUCAGAGAUGGGCUAUGUCGGCUGGUUAUGGUGCAUGCCUCAUUAACAAGCCUGAGCUUGUUAAGGACAUGGUGAGACACGUCAGAAACCAAGUGGAAAAUCCAAAGUACACAGCAUCCAUCAAAAUAAGGAUCCACAACAACUUGAGAAGGACCGUGGAUCUGUGUCAGAAAGCUGAGUCAGCCGGCGUCUCGUGGAUAACGGUCCACGGCCGUACAACAGAGGAACGCCACCAGCCAGUUCAUUUUGACGCCAUAAAGACAAUCAAAGACAGCGUAUCUGUUCCUGUCAUUGCCAAUGGAGACAUAAAGUACCUUCAUGAUGUGGAAUUGACUCACCAGCUCACUGGUGUGGAUGGUGUGAUGGCCGCUCGGGGGCUGCUGGCUAACCCCGCCAUGUUUGCAGGAUACGAGGAUACACCGUUGCAGUGCAUAUGGGACUGGGUGGACAUUUCCAUUGAGCAGGGCACUCCGUUCACAUGCUUCCAUCAUCAUCUUAUCUACAUGCUGGAGAGGGUCAGCUCCCAGCCGGAGAGAAAGGUCUUCAAUUCUCUGUCCAGUACCUCUUCUGUAAUAGAUUACCUCCAGAACACAUACGGGACUGUUCAGGAUCUUGGAACAGCAACGCGUGCUGCCCUUAUGUGUGUGUGCUUGAGGGUGAAACAGGAAGAGAAGAGAAAGAUGACAUUACAGUGGACUGCUGUGGCGCUCUUCCUCUAUAUAGAGAUUGGCGUCAUUCUCAUCCUCUGUUUACCCUUCAUCUCAGCCAGAAGAUGGCACAGUAUUUUCCAGCUCAGGAUUUGGAGCUGGAUGGCGAAGUUCUGGAACAAAGUGUUUCUCACCAUGAUCAUAAUCCUUAUUGUUCUCUUUCUUGAUGCUGUUCGUGAGGUGAGGAAAUACUCCAGUAAAGAAAUCGGCACAGACGCUAAAGUGCAACCAAACAUGUUUGAUCACCUGCACAUGAAGCUUUUUCGGGCUCAAAGAAACCUCUACAUCUCCGGUUUCGCAGUCUUCCUCUGGCUGGUUAUGAAGCGAUUGAUCACUUUAAUUAACCAGUUGGCGGCCGUGUCUGGGACCACAGCGGCUCUCCAAAUGCAGGCUGAUAAUGCUAAUAAAGCAGUGGAGAAGUACAUGAAGGACAAUGAGCAGCUGAAAAAGACUCUGAUGGAAGGGGUGGACGAUAAGGCAACAGCAGAGGGCAUGGAGCUGUUGAGGAAGGAAGCUGAGAAGCUGAAAGAUGAGCUGAAGUCCUCUGGUGACGCCUUGAAGAAAUCUCAGUCAGAGGCAGAUGGAACGAAGAAGCAGAUGGAGGGACUCGCCCGGGAGUAUGAGAGGCUGCUGAAAGAACAUCAGGAGCUCCAGAAUCUCCACGAUAAUGGGAAUAAAAAGGACGACUAGUGGUGAUGGUUAAACUUUCUCAAAUCAGCAAGAAAGCCAUUGCAACCCAUCGGAUCCAUCUGAUACUCUGUCAUUGUUUAUAUUCCUGAAGCUGAAUUGGAUUCUCUGAGGGGCAGACCAUAAAUUGGUAUUUGUCAUGGUUUAAA